ACAUUAAUUCUUGUUAAGACCUUUAAGUGUUAACAUCAGAAAACAGCACAACAUAAAACAGCCAAAAUGUACAAGUUUUUCAUUAUUGCAACAGCCGCACUCAUCGCUUGCAGUCAGGCCCUUCCAAAUGCCUACGAUGCAGCCGCUGAAACGCGCAGUUUCAAGAGUGACUUAAAGGAAGAUGGCAGCUACACUUACCAAUAUGAUACAUCAAAUGGCAUUGCUGCACAGGAAUCCGGUGUCGGUGGCUACUACGCUAGCGGCUCAUCCGCUUAUUACUCACCGGAAGGUCAAUUGAUACAACUCACCUACACCGCUGAUGAAAAUGGCUUCCAUCCCAGUGGCGAACAUUUACCAACUCCACCACCAAUUCCAGCUGCAAUCUUGAAAGCUUUGGAAUACAUACGCACACAUCCCAACCAAGAGGAAAGACAAGGUGGUGGUGCACAGCAACAAAACGUGCAGCAUCAGUAUAAGGUACAACAACAGAGAUAUCGUCCAUCCAAAUUCUAGAAAUGAGCUGGAAUAUGAAUCGCACGUGAGACCAGUUUUUGUUAAGUUCGUUUAAGUUACUCAGAAAAAGAAAAAG